AUGAUUGGUCAAAGAAUAGAAAAGAUUUUGCGGAAGCUUAGAUUGAGCAAAGACAAAAAACUGAAAGUUUCGAAGAAAAACAAGAGUGACAAGAAAAAUAAGAAAGAAGUUCAGCUGCCUGACGCUGUUUGGUCUCGCAUAUUCGAUUUUUCAUCUCCAUUCGACGUAGCACGAUGGAGGACUGUUAGCCGACAAUUCAAUCGAGUCGCUGAAGAGCGAAAUCAACAAUUGCUCUAUUUGGAUAUUUUACGAAUUGAUAUAAAUGCUAUUUUGCCUCAAAAUAUACCCAGUGAUGGUGAUUUCUUCCGUCAUCCAACUACUCAAAUUCUAGCUCAUAGUGAACGUCGAUCUCUACUCUUAGCUGUACAUAGUCAUUGGACAGUAAAUGAUGCUAUACGGUUAUUACAAAUGAUUCGGCAUUUUGGACAAUUUGCUGCCACGGUGACGUUGGACGUAGCUGUAGCUGAGCUUUGUGUCGCUGGACAAUGCACAAACGAUAUCCGAUACUGGUUUACUUUUCAAACGAUAGCAGCUGGAAGUGAAGGAACGCCUGACAGACCAAAUAUGAAAUUGACACCAAGACCCGGCUGGUUGCCAAAGUCAUCAACAUUUCCAGUAACGAUGAAUGGCGAAAUGAAUAAAUUACCGAGAUGGAAUCCGAGAACUCAACGAAUUCCAAUAGGACCCAUGUUCCCGAAUGCCAAAGAGAUAACAUUUCAAACAUCCUUAUCACAAUUACGACGUCUUCGUCGUUUCUCUGUCUAUGAAACGUCGUCAACAGCUCUUUUUUCUCCAGACGUUUUACAACUAUUUCGACUUUCUAUCACGGGUACGAAACAGUCGCCUCCAAUCCCUCUACGGUUGAUCUCUUUUAUGGAAUGGCUUAAUACAGAGCGUCUAGGAGGAAAAUAUUGUACGCAAUUCUCAUGA